AUGAGCCCGUUAUUAUGGGCAUUCCUAUUAUCCAUCGUUAUUAACCUCAGGGCAGAACCAGAAGUCUCAGCAUACGAAAAUUGUUUCCUGAUUUGUGUGGCCAAAUGUAUGAAAUCGGAUAAAGUGAGCCAAAACUGGCCAAUUAUAUUGUUUUAGGGGAUCCAAACUUGCGGAGAGAAGUGCCGGGAAUAUCGAGAACCAAAUCUUUGUGUAAGUGUAUAUUGAUUAUUACUCCUAAUUCACAUUUACUUUUCAGAAAUCUCCGAAAUGUUGGAAAAAGUGUAAAGAUCUGAAGGAUUCGAGUGAAAACUCUUCGGAAGAUUUCAAGCCUCUGGAUGCACCAUUUAAUCUGAGUGCUGUUUACAAUAAGAACAUGUUUGUUGACAUUCAUUGGGACUCCAAGGAGGAUGUGAAAGUGUUCGUAGUGCAGUUUAAAAGACAUUCUCAGGAAGAAUGGGAUGUCUCUGAUCAAUUGGUGAGCCUCGCUUACGAUAAUAUAGCCUUGACUGUUUAGUAUUACAUUAACUUUUAUUCAGAUUGUCAACCAGAACUUCUUGACCAACUUCUCAAUGAAAGAUGCGGAUGUUUGUGAGCCAUUGGACUUCAGGAUAGGUGGAGUGUCCCCGAAGAAAGGCCUGGGAAUCUUUAGUCCACCAGCCACGAUCCUCUCCCCUGAGCCCGAUCUAACUCAUUUAACUCACCUAAGCAGUACUUACAAGCCUCCAGAUUCCAAUUCCAAAUAUCCGAAUGGAACCAUCGAGAUUGUAAUGACCUAUGAUAGUAAAGGUAACUGCUGCGUAAUCGUUGCGUCAUUUUUAAUCACCUCAUUGCGCAAAGAUUAUACAUGCUGACUGCUUGUUUUUUUUCAGAGUGGCCUCUGGGUGAUGAAGAUCUUGUGGUCGAUGUCAAUUUCCAUAAUGUAAAAUGUGUGAAGCCGGAUUUUCUGGGAUCCGAGAACCCUGAAUUUGUAAAUUAACGUUUUUCUUAAAGUAUUUUGUUUUUAGUACAAAGGCCCUCGUCCGAAAACUUUGAUUGGAAUAGCAUCUGCAGAUUACAUGUACAGAGAAUGUAUAUUCAGCUAUGGCUUGCAGAAGGUGAGCUCAACACAAUGCAAGAAAACCUUCAACUUUGAUACGACCUUCAAUAUUCUCUAUAUCAGUAAGUUUCAGAAUGGAUAAUAUGUGUAAUAUAAUACAUUGAAGUGGCGCUAACUCUUGAUCAUUCCCUUUUAGACUGCUCAAAUGUAAUCAACAGUAACUGUGCGCUUGAGACCAAAAGCAAAGGCCCAGUCUGUGGUCAAGUUGACAACUUCAAAUAUUCGAUUCAGAAUAUAAACGAAGUCGACUGGUCGAACCCAUCCUCCAAUAUCUCCGUGAAUGUGACAUUUGAGCCCAUGAAUAAGAUCAAGAAGGAUGUCCUCUAUUUUGUGGCCUUAUAUGGGACUGCCGAGAAGUAUGACAACCUGGAAAAAGUGAGUCCGCACUCAGAUAAUCGGCGGCCGAAAGACACGGCCCGGACCGGCGAUAAUAAAGAUCUGGCGAUUUCAGGCAACUUAUAUGGGCGUCAACCUGACCACCGAGAUGGGGAGGGUCAGCAAUUGUCCUGUUGUAGAGGGCAAGGUCAACCAUCAGAGCGAACUUGUCCAGAAAUGCAUCAAUUCCUCAGGCAAUUCAAUUGUCAUCUCGAAUCUUCGGAUGGACACUAUAUAUGGAGUCACUUUAUGUGGGGUCAGAGAUCCCAAUAACCUCGAGUUCCCUCUUUUAAAUGCUCCGAAGAGUGUAAAGCCAAAAGCCGAUAUGAUUUACAUUGACUCGGACGUCUAUCGAACAUCAAACACUUGGUUGUUUAUCUCUGUUGGAGUUGGUUUGCUGAUUUUGGGAAUCUUUUUCUUGGCUUAUUAUCAAUGUAAACGGGAGAAACAGUGGAAGAAUGAGAAGAAGAAGUUGGAGCAGUCCCAUUCAGCGGCAUAUUCAGAGAAUCGAUAUACAGAUUUGCCGAAAAUCCAGGAUCUCUGGGAAUUGGAGAGAAGGAAUCUUAUUAUCUAUCAUGAGAAACAACUGGGAUCAGGUGAAUCAUUGUGUCUUUCUGGGGUGUAUCUUGGAAGGGUUAAGGUUGACAAUAAGGAUAUAGGUGACAAGAGACCAGGGUGAUUAACUACCUGUAAAGCGUUUUACUAUCUGUGGUCCAAAAGAUAGACCUCCUCCUUCCUGAUUUUGGGCCAGAUACGCCUCUGGAAACUUUCUAAUAUGUAUACACAGAUAGUGAUUACACACUCAAUAACGAUUUAUUUCAGGAGCUUUUGGAGCUGUUUAUCUGGGAAAAUUAAUUGGAUCCGCCAAGGGAUCUCAAGCAGCUCAAUCCACGCUCGGAGUCAACCUAAUGAGGGUCGAGAAUUGUGAAGUGGCAGUAAAGAUGCUCCCAGAAUAUGCAGAUCAUCUCUCAAAACAAGAAUUCCUUCGAGAAAUUGGUCUUAUGAAAACCCUUGGAUAUCACGAGAGAUUGGUUAACAUGCUGGCCUGUAUUACUGACUCAGAACCCUACUGUCUUGUUAUGGAACAUUGCAGUGAUGGAGACCUACAACACUUCCUAAAGAAGAGAUGUGAAUACAUGCUAAAACUGGAGAAUGAAGGAGUUGAGGUAGAAGAUGAGAGUGUGGAUCAGGAGAUGGUCAUGACCUUGAAACAACUGUUAAUGUUCGCUGUUCAGAUCAGUUAUGGCCUUGAAUAUUUGAGUCAGAAGGGGUUUGUUCAUCGAGAUGUGGCUGCUCGCAAUGUUUUGGUGCAUGAGAAAACGUCCGCCAAGAUUGGCGACUUCGGUCUUUGUCGUUAUAUUUAUGCAGAAUCAUCACAAUAUAAGAGUAAAGGAGGAAGGUUGCCGCUGAAAUGGAUGUCGCCGGAGGCUAUUCGUCAUUACGAAUUUACAACCAAGUCGGAUGUCUGGUCGUUUGGUAUCCUGAUGUUCGAAAUCAUUACGUUGGGUGGAACUCCGUAUCCCGGAGUACCUCCAGAGGAUAUGUUGCCCUUCCUGGAGAGUGGGAAACGGAUGGAAAGACCAGACAAUUGCCCGGAGACAUUGUAAGUUCAUACCGUUUGAUUGGCUCUUAAAGUAACAACAAUUAAAUAUCGUUUUGAUUCUUUUAGCUAUUCCAUUAUGACCCAAUGUUGGGAACAAUCGCCAGAAAACCGCCCAUCCUUCUCGGACGUCAGGCAACUCUUGGCCAGGCAAUUGGAGAAUAUUACUGACGAAUAUUCGUAUCUUAAGUUAGAUGCUGGCAAAGAUUACUACCGGGUUGAUUAUGAUAAAGACGGGGAACCCAAGGUGGAGACAGUUCUGGUCAGCGCAUGA